CCGUAGCCAUUUUGGCUCAAGCUGAAGCCAUUCUUGCUCAAGAUCUUUCAGCUGGCUUGAACUGGAAUGCCCCUUGCGCCCCACUGCGAGCGGUUGGGCUGCACGACUUCCAGCGGAAGUGCGGCCACCUCCCUGGCGACGGGCCCGGGGGGAGGGCCGCCCGCGGACGUUGCCCAUGCGCGCCAGGACGCCACGGUGGAGAGCCUGGAGGAGGAGUCGAACCUGUCCGCCAGCCAAAUAAACCACUAUUGGCUGAAGUUCAAAGGCACGAGCCUCGAGCCGGUCCUGAGGGUCCUUCCCGCCGAGCGCCACAGCGCCAUGCGCCUGGUGGAUGCGCGCUACCUCCUGGAGCUGGGUGGCUUCGAGCGAGUGGACGGCAUGCGCCGCGAUUAUCCAGCACGCAAGGUUCCCCAGAAAUGGUGGGUGAGGACGAAGGAGUGUGGCUGCAUGCGGCGCAGGCAGGACCUCCCUGCCCGCGCCUUCGUGAGCCUCGCAGACCUCCAGCAGGCACGCUGCCCGGUCGUGUACGGCAAGGGUGCGCUGCCGGUCCUGGCCGUGAGCUACCCGUGGCUGCAGCCUGACCACCCCGACCCGCGUGGCGACACCCUGACUCUCCUUGCGUACGCCCUGGCCUCCCUCUUGAAUCAAUUCCCCUACAUGAAUGACUUCAAUGUCAAAUUGCAGGACAUCGAGCUGCUGGGCGUCUUCAUCGACUUCAUGUCGCUUCACCAGAAGGGGGCCGGGAUCGGGCGCACGGGCUCGGAGCAGCGCCUCUUCGACCUGGCCCUGGAGUCGUUGGCCGAGCUGUACAGCCACCCUGGGACUAUGAUUUUCAAGGUUUCCAGGCUGCCCGAGGGCUAUCCAGACGGCUUCACCUUCCCGCAGGACUGCACGCCGAACAAGGCCGACUACUACCAGCGGGGAUGGUGCCACUGCGAGUCGUCCGUCGCGGGGCUCACGAAGGCUUCGAUGUUUGUUCUGGAUAUCGGCAAGAUCACCGCUGCUCCAGAGAACGAAUCCAUCGAGGUGCUAGAUCAGGACAAGCUUGCUGCUGCUACUACUGGCGGGCUCCCAAGUAAGCCACAAGCUUUGACAAGCUGGAAUCAAGCUGCAAAGGCUGACAGGGCUGGGCCGAUGCUUCCAGAAGACUUCGCGGCGUCGCUGGAGCACAAGUCCUUCACCAGCAAGAAGGCCGAUUGCUCCAGGGUCGCGGCCAUCUACAUGGCAGCCUUCGUCGCCCGCUUCGCCGAGGCCGCGGAGCUGCACUACAACACCCUCCAGUGGGACGUCGCCGACGCGCAGGCGCUCGCCAGGGUGCUGGCCUGCGGUGCCGCGCCGCUGCUGAAGAAACUGGAGAUGUGGAACACGGGCAUCGGCGCCGCGGGCAUGAGCGCCCUGGCGGCCGCGCUGCCGGCCGGGGCGGCGCAGCUGGAGGUGCUGAACGUGAACCAGAACGACAUCGGGGACGCGGGCGCCAGCGCCCUGGCGGAGGCGCUGUCCUCUGGGGCGGCGCCGCUGCUGAGGGAGCUGAUCAUGAACCAAAACGGCAUCGAGGACGCGGGUGCGAGCGCCGUGGCGGAGGCACUCUCGUCUGGGGCGGCGCCGCAGCUGAAGCAGCUGCAGAUGAGGGAUAACAGGAUCGGGGACGCGGGUGCGAUUGCUUUGGCGGAGGCGCUGUCGUCCAGAGUGGCGCCGCAGGUGAUGACGCUGAGCAUUCAGCGCAACACGUUCGGCGAAGCCGGCCGCGAGGCGCUCGCCGCGCUGGGGCGGAUCAAUCUCGAACUGUGAGCACGCAGUCCUCGAAGAAGGGUGCUGCAGCCCAACGGACUGUUCUGGUGCCGCCUUGCGCCAACUUGGGCGAAAUGAGACAUAUGGAGAGAAGACAAGCAUCACUUCUACAUUCAAGAGGAAAAGAAAACAAAAAAGAUUGCCCCAAGAGGUCCG